AUUUAAUGGUAUCCGGUCUGUCCAGGAAACUUGAAGUUGAAAACCAAAUUAGUGUUUCUCCGACUGUAGAAUUGAUCAUUUUAAUUGUCAUUGAAGAAAAGCCACAGAACCCAGGAUGAGUUACCAGAAGGUUUACAUGAACCAGAUUUACUCGAGCUCCAUCAUGAGGCAGGUGGCUCAGAUGUGGAAAAACCAGCUGCUGUGUGACGCAGUCAUCAAGACAGGAAACAUUCAAACAAAGGCUCAUAGACUGGUGUUAAUUGCUGCCUGUCCAAUGUUACAAGACAGAGAGAAUGCUUCCGUGGGUUCACAUUUAGAGGUGCGUCUUAAUUCAGACAUCAGUGAGGCAGCAGUGAAUACUUUUUUGCAGUAUCUCUAUGAAGGAUACAUGAUGUUAACAGAAGAAAACUGCAGAGAAGUGGAGAAAAUUGCAAAGAUGCUUCAUGUGGAUAGUGUAACAAAAUGUUGUUCUGACUUUCAAAAAUGCAUGAAUGCAAAGAGAGGUUACAGCUCAUACCAAGGACUCAACUUUGAUUUACAAGACAGUGUCGAUUUUCGAUUUGUCUAUACAACAGAUUUGCAAAAAAUGGCUCCAGAUUCUCACAACAAGAGACAGUUUGAUGAUGUGAACAUGACAGGUCCUGCCUCAAAACGACCUAGAUCACAACCUUUUUCCAGUCUUGUAGCAAAUCGACCAGAUGAUCACAUGUCUAUGAAUGACAGCUACAGUAGAUCACAUGACCAAGGUGCUGCUAGAGGUCAGAAUGAAGGAGUGAUUGACAUUAGUGAAGAAAGUGUGGAGCUUGUGAACGUUGGACCAGCAGCUCGAGAUCCAGAUGGAUGGCCUGUUAAUACAGACUUGCCACCACUGAAAACAAGCUCUUCUGUGUCAGUGGCCCAUCAGCAGGGAGGUAACUCUGACAUACAGAUCAUUGAUGUACAGUCAAUUAGGAGAGACCAGCAGAAUACAUUUGGCAGAAUGGAGGACUCUAGAAGUGACACUCUGGGGGCGGGGACCUCCUCGGGUUUAUCAGAGAGACAUAGUCAUAUACCAAGUACUGUGAGGCAUAUGGAAGAUUCCAACAAGUACAUGUCAUCAACCACUGCCAGAGAAAACAUUGUCAGAUCAUCACCAUUAAGCUCUAGUCCACCAAAAAGUGUUCAGAAACAGCGAAUAGGAACAGAAGAUAUACACAGAUCAUUUGCUUUAGGUUCAGCAGUGGCAGCAGCAUCUGAUCAUGGGCCUUUUUCCAUACCAUCUAGCUCAAGUUAUAAAUCUGCAGAUAUUGCUCACAAUUUGUAUGAAAAGACACAUAACUCUGAUACAAAUAGCACCAACAGAGUCAGUUCAAAUAAGUCUGCAGAGGAACAAAGCAGACCUGCACCAUCUCCAGAGCCCAUUAUUGUGAAGUUGGAAGAUGAGACCACAGAAUCAGAAAGCAUUGAACUUUAUAUCCAGAAUCCAUCCAAUGAUUCCUUUAGCCAAGAUCCAGGCGGGGAUAGCCUUGGAGAAUUCGAUCCGGAUCUAUCCAACGAUGACAGCAUGAGUAUGGAGCAUGGACAGCCUAAUUUUACAAUGGAUGACCAAUCACAAGUAAUUGCAAUAACCCGGGGACUACAGUGCAGGUAUUGCCAACAGAUGUUCAGUCAACUAGAAGAGCUGUCAAACCAUUUACAACUAGAUGAACGCUACCAAGGAAGCAUCCAACACUGUACCUAUUGUAACUUAUGUUUCUACUCUACCAAAGUGUAUCAAAGUCAUAUCUUUGCGAAACACUCAGAGAACAGAAACCAGUGUCCGAUAUGUGGUGUUGGGGUGAAACACACGUGCAACUUCCGCCGCCAUGUGUUGAGUCAUUUCGUAGAAAAGCCAUACAGCUGCGAUAAAUGUGGUUGUUGUUUCACUAGAAAGGACAGUUUAAAGAAGCACUUGAAAAAACUACAUUUCUCAAAAAAGGACAAGAGUUAUAUAAGAAUAUCGGUUGAAUAGUGUCGUAUAUCGAAAGAUGAUUGGCAAAAAAGGUAUCGAAGUGCUCCUUUUAAAGAAAACGAAGUGAAAUUUAAUUUAUACAAUUUUGUUUUCUUAAUAACAAUUUAAGACAAAUGAGAAGUUAAAUAUUUGACAUUUGUUUAUACUCAGUUUAAAUCAACGAACACGGAGCGGUAAUAUACAUGUAUUAUACAUAUAGAAAAAUAUUUUGUACUUUUACCCAAGUUUGUAGUGUACACAUUGCCUUGAGUAACUCGAUUCUUUGAGCAGGAGUAAAAUCUAAAUUUCAGGAAUAGAGAUUGUUAACUUCAUGUACUUUAUUCAAAAUACACGAACAUGUAACUUAACUUCAUGUACUUUCUUUCAAAAUCAAAAAUUAAAUUAACUUGAUGUACUUUGUAUGAUUUUAUUAAUUUCUCCCACUGAUUUGAUAGCACAAUCACAUAAAGUGUUCAACUUGGCUACUGAAGUGCACGCCUCAAAAGCGAAACCCGCUGGAAUUGGUCUUUCAUUGAAAAAAAAAUAUCGCAAUUUAUGGUAAAAAUCGUAUAACUUUAAAGAAAAAUAUAAAACGUGGAUUAUAUAUUUGACAUGGUGUGCUUUCUGUCACUUAUUUACAUUAAUGAAUGUGUUUUUUAUAGAGUUUUAUUGAAAUUAUAUUGACAAUAUUUUAUUGAUUAUGAUAAAAAGGAGAAGUUCAACACAAGAUUGGUCUAUAUUUUCAUUCCUUUGCUCGGUCGAAAGAGGAAACAAUUUCUUUAAGAUGGCCUACAGUUUUUUUUAUCAUAUUUGUUUAAUGAAUAAUUUUUUCGCCACAUUCUUCCAUAUAUUUUAUGAAUUAUCUUAAAUUGCUACUUAUAUUUGAUACAACUUAUCACAACAAUAUUUAUGUAAUUUAGACGUUCAUACAGACCCGAUGUAAUUUUAUUGAACAGUAAUAAUGCGCUAAAUAGAUGAUUUACUAUUACCUAGUGUUUU